AUACCAAUUUUUAUGCUUUCUGCCAGUAGUGAACAUGUUUGUCACAUAUCCGCCCCACUAACCGUCAGGACGGGCUUGGAGGUGACUGCAAGAGAAAGGACCGGCUCAGCUCCGCAUCUCACGGAGUUAAACGCGGCAAUUGCCCGAUCGCGCUUUGCGGACAAACUGCUCGGCGUUUUCUCUCUUAAAUCCAAGAUUAGUCCUGGUUUAGACCUGGUUUAGUCCUGACCCACCCGUGUGUAAUUACUACCCGCCUGUAAUACACAAUACGCGUUCAUACGCUGUAAAAAAUUGCCCAGUAGUGAACUUAUGUAUCCUGGUCAUAUAAGACUCAUUCAGCAGAGGGCGCUCCUGUGCCGCAGUGAUUACAGUUUAUAAUGUUCGUGGAAGCGCUGCUCAUCCAGGACUUCAGACACAGCUGUGCGUGAGUGUGAGGCGCACACUGUCUUCUGUCCGCACCGAGCUUCUCCAACCCGCAGCGCUGUCCGCUCAACAAAGAUGUUUCUGUACAUUGUUGGACUGGUGGCCCUGUUCCUGAUUUACCGCUGGCUGAAGGAGCUGAAGAGAGUCCCAAAUAAAGGAGACAGGUUUGUGUACAUCACGGGCUGUGACAGUGGCUUUGGGAACCUCCUGGCUCGUCACCUGGACACACUGGGAUACCGCGUUAUUGCUGGCUGCUACACGGAGAAGGGAGAGGAUGAGCUGAGGAAGAUCACCUCUGAUCGAAUGACCACUCUCCAGCUGGACGUCACUGAUGCUGCAAGUGUGGCCAAGGCAGCGGACAACAUCAAGAGUCUGGUGGGAAAUAAGGGACUCUGGGCUGUAGUGAAUAAUGCGGGGGUCACUCAUCCAUCAGCGCCCACUGACUGGUUAACUAUAGAAGACUACAGGGGCAUGCUGGCUGUUAACCUGGACGGGGUCAUUAGUGUUACUCUGAGCAUCCUGCCUCUGAUAAAGAAGGCCAAAGGUCGAGUGGUGAACGUGUCCAGUGUCUUUGGGCGCAUCAGUCCGUUCGGGGGUCCUUACAGCAUCUCCAAAUACGGGGUGGAGGCUUUCACUGACAGUCUGAGAGUAAACAUGUCUCCAUUUGGGGUGACUGUGUGCUGUUUGGAACCAGGAUUCUUCCGAACUAAUGCCGCAAACGAAGACCUCAUGGAAGCUAGCUUGACCAAGCUUUGGAACAAACUGCCCCAAGAUGUUAAGGACGACUAUGGACAUGAUUUCAAGGAUAAAGCACUUGCACUAAUGAAUAAACGACUUGCUCAGAUCCUUGACCCAGACCUGAUGAAAGUGGUCAGCUGUAUGGAGCACGCCAUCUCGGCUGUCCACCCUCGCAAGCGCUACUCCCCUGGCUAUGACACCAAGAUGCUGUGGCUGCCUCUGUCCUACAUGCCCUCCUGCCUCACAGACUGGUGGUUCAGCAGAAACCGCAUCAAGCUCAAAAUCUCGUCUGUGCAAUAAAACACGUAAAAUCAUACUUUACAAUAAAACGCCACACCUAUUUUGGCGUACUUACUUGCCAAACUUACUUCUUGACACAUAAUUAUGGACCACGCCUUUUUGUCACUCACUGCAAGAAUGCACAUGCUGCCGCUGUAUACAAAGGUUGAUUACGUGUAUUCUUUGGCCUGACAAAUUUUAAAACUUAAUAUAUUUCUCAAGAGGUAUACAGCAAUAAAGGAUCAUAUUUAGAUUAGGUCAAGGGUCAAGAUCAAUGUUUGUUUAUCUAGCACAUUUAAAAACAUUACUGCCCCAAAGUGCUUAAGGUUGAACUACACUCACUAAAACACAGUUAAGUUUAAUCUUUAGUAAUCUUAAAUUACCUUUUCUUUUUCCAGUUUUUGAAGUUCAAAGUGUUUGGAAAUCAUGAAAAAGCUAGGGAAUUUCAUAACUGUUAUUUUGUAACCAUAUUGUACCAUGGGUCAAAAUUCUCCUUUUGUACGCAGAGAUUGUUAUUUGAUGAAUAAAAUGUAAGAAAACACCUUAAUUUUGUUGAAAUAAUGCUUAAAAGUAGCAGAAAAAUGUUUUGUAAGUAAAAUAAAGUAAAUAGACCUGAA